UCAAGCUACUCGUAACGAGCGACCAUCGAAUUAUCCACCCAAUUAAACAGAGGAUCAUUGUUUCUUCUUUGGUAGCGGCAAUGGCGCGGUGCUUGGUGCUCACGCUGCUUUUCCAAGUCUACUGCCUCGUCUCAACCGUCGGGCUGCCGCUGCCGCUGGACCCCACGGAGCUGCUGCAGCUGGGAGGCGACGUGGGCGGCGGCAGGCUCAGCGUCGACCCGGCCGACCUCCGGGAGGCGUCCGGCGACUUCGGGGGCUUCACCCGCGCUGAGCCGCUGGCCGUGUACCACCCGCGCGGCGCCGGCGACGUGGCCGCGCUGGUCCGGGCGGCGUACUCAACCGGCGGCCUCCGCGUAUCAGCGCGUGGCCACGGGCAUUCCAUCAGCGGGCAGGCACAGGUGCCCGGCGGGGUGGUGGUGGACAUGAGCCACAGCCACGGGAGGAAACAUGCGUCCCGGGCAUUGCCGGCGUACUCGGCGGCGGUGGGCGGGCACUACGUGGACGUGUGGGGCGGCGAGCUGUGGAUCGACGUCCUCAACUGGACACUGGCGAACGGCGGGCUAGCGCCGCGGUCGUGGACGGACUACCUCUACCUCUCCGUGGGCGGCACCCUCUCCAACGCGGGCAUCAGCGGCCAGGCCUUCCACCAUGGCCCCCAGAUCAACAAUGUCUACGAGCUCGACAUCGUCACCGGGAAGGGAGAGACGGUGACCUGCUCGGCGACGACGAACUCAGACCUGUUCUUCGGCGCGCUUGGCGGGCUGGGGCAGUUCGGGAUCAUCACGCGUGCUCGCAUUGCCCUCGAGCCUGCUCCCCGCAAGGUUCGCUGGAUCCGGGCGCUCUACUCCAACUUCACCGAGUUCACUGCGGACCAGGAGCGGCUUAUCUCCCCCAAGCACGGCGGCCGCCGGUUUGACUACGUGGAGGGCUUCGUCGUCGCGGCCGAGGGCCUCAUCAACAACUGGAGGUCCUCAUUCUUCUCCCCGCAGAACCCAGUGAAGCUCAGCUCGCUCAAGCAGCACACCGGUGUGCUCUACUGCCUCGAGGUCACCAAGAACUACGACGACUCCACCAACGCCGCCACCGUUGAUCAGGAGGUAGACGCGCUGCUGGGCGAUCUGAACUUCCUACCGGGUACUGUGUUUACGACCGACCUGCCGUACGUGGACUUCCUCGACCGUGUCCACAAGGCGGAACUGAAGCUUCGCAGCAAGGGCAUGUGGGAGGUGCCGCACCCGUGGCUGAACCUCUUCGUGCCGGCCUCGCGCAUCGCCGACUUCGACCGCGGCGUCUUCCACGGCAUCCUGGGCAGCCGCACCUCCGGCGGACCCAUCCUCAUCUACCCCAUGAACAAGCACAAGUGGGACCCGAGGAGCUCGGUGGUGACGCCCGACGAAGAGGUGUUCUACCUUGUGGCCUUCCUCCGAUCGGUGCUGCCCGGCGCGCCGCAGAGCCUCGAGGAGCUGGCGCGGCAGAACCGUCAGAUCCUCGACUUCUGCGCCGACGCCGGGAUCGGGGUCAAGCAGUACCUGCCCAACCACAAGUCCCAGCACGAGUGGGAGGAACAUUUCGGCCCGGAGAGAUGGGCAAGGUUCGCGAGCCUCAAGGCCGAGUACGACCCCAAGGCCAUGCUGGCCACUGGGCAGGGGAUCUUCCCGCCGUCGGCAGACUCAUCGGCUCCGCUCUUGUCGGAUUCUUGAUGGAGAAACGAGUAGCUAUCUGUUGUAUCUAGCUACUAACUAGCUAGGAGUAGUUAAUUAGAUUAGAUUCACGAUGUAUAUACAUAUAGCUACUGAACUCCCCCAAUCCAAUUUUGUUGGUUAUGUACGUACAGAGGAAUGCGUCAUAGUAUUCCAAAUUCAUGCAACUGGCUCGUAGACAGAGGAAUGCUUCGUGGUUUUCUAACCUUAUAAAAGCUCUACUUCUUGUUCA